AUGGACUCCACUGGUGUUCUUCCUCACUUCUUGACCUGGGGGAUUGUGAUUGUGUGUGCAAAUAUUGUGGCGUCUAUUUUUGGUUUGCCGAAAGGAGCCUCAUCCUAUCCACAACUCAUCAUCCGAGAUAUAGUCGUUGUUGCAAGUCUGGGGCCUAGAUUUCUUCAGUUGUAUCUGUUUGGCACUGAUAAUGAAGUUAGCAAUAGGUUAAGUGCCUUUCAAAAUCAUAGUACAACUGGUUUGGAUGAGAGUAUUGUUAGAUUUCUGGUAGCCUUUUUGAAAGAUAACAAUGAAUAUGUGUGGGCGUUUAAGACUGCCAAAAAGUUUGUUGAUGAGAUGAAUAUACCAUCUUAUUCUGUUCGGUUAUUUAAUGAUAUUGUUGACCGUAGGUAUGAUUUACAUACAGCGGAAUCCUUGGGUUGCAUUGUUACUGGCGAUGAUAGUGUGAGUACACGUUAUGAUAUUGCAAUUCACUCCAAUUCUGGUCGUCCUCAGCAUGUUAGUAAACUUCAUCCUACUUAUAUGCCUUUACAUUAUAUUAUUUUGUUUCCAUAUGCCGCUCGUUUUUAUUUUUUUAAACAAAGAACAAAGUGCACACGAAUCUAUUCUUCUCGUUCUUUCUCCACCGCCUUCUCACCCACUAUCCUCAUAUCUUUCACCCACUAUCCUCAUAUCCUCAUAUCUUCCCGUUCGUUUUUUCUAUUUUUUCCAAUUUCUUUUGAUUUAUUUAUCAAAAAACAAAUUACAUUUCCAUUUGGUGCAUUUUUUAUAUUUAAGUGGGUAAGCACGACUCUUCAAGGUCUCAUUCUUCAUGUGAAACUGUUUGACAAAGAGUGGCUACAUGACAUGGAUGUCUGAAUUCAGAAUAGAUUCAUUUAAUAAGAUGGCUAUUCACUUAUAUACCAAUUUUCUAGAAGAACUAAUAUGAGUUGUUACCAAAUUCCAUGUUUCUUGGUUUUAAGAUGUCUGAUUGAAUAAAUGAUAAUAGAUG